CCUCAGAUGCUGCUGCUGUUUAUCUGAUAACCGCCAUACAAGAGCUGCGUCUCCUUAAAGCGACACACCGGUUUAAUGAAUUAGACUACCGGAGAGAGGAGGAGGAGGGACACGCCGAGGAUGCAGAUGAAGAGGGGGAAGAGCAUCCGACGGUCGCCACCGUCAUCUCCCUGCAGGACGCCGCGUGUCGCCGCUUCAUUUCACCACCUUGAGGUUAUGAUGCCGGCUUUCAUCUGACCCCUGCAUGCCGGCAGAAAAACCUCCAAGACCCCCCCCUCCUCCCUCCUCUGUUCUCCAUUCUGCGAUGAACUGACUGUCAAUGCGUCACACGUUCUUCCUGCGUCGUUUCUUCCGCGAACGCGUCGCAACCUUCUUGCCUCAUAUUUUGGCUAUGCAAUAGGCUGCAAAAACGCGGCCUCCCGCUCUUCACUCCACUCUGUAGCCUUCAGGUCCUCAGUUUCAAGCGUCAAUAAAUCCGAGGUUUGCGCGUCCUUGAUCGCCUGUCCGGCCUUCUGCAUUUUCUGCGUUCCUCUCCGCCGUCCAUGCGUCGCCGCUGCCGCGCCACCGCAUCUGGCCCUCAUCCCCACAUGGACUCUGAAAUCUACGUGAAGCGCCCUCGCUUUGCCGCUGAUGCGGUGCGCCUGGGGGCUGGCUGUCUCUUCGUCCUGGCCGGCCAGUGAUCCUCUGGUCCGGGUGGGGGGGCUUGUGUCCGCAGAGAGGCAGGAUGGUGCGGAUCGCCAGCGCGCUGGGGCUCGUCAUGUUCAGCGUGGCGCUGCUCAUCCUGUCGCUCAUCAGCUACGUGUCCAUCAAGAAGGAUUUUCUGCUCAGCACCCCCAGAUACGGACCUAAUGGAGGACCCAGGAUGUCCAUGUUCCACGCUGGGUUUCGCUCUCAGCUGGCGUUGAAGUAUCUGGAUCCAGCUUUCACUCCUCUGACCAAUGCGCUCAGCGAGGACAUGCAGAACUCCUCUAAAUGGACCUACAACAGCUCUGCUUUUCUACAGCUGAAAAAGGAGAUCUCUCAAUACAUCGACAUCCCCCACAACUUCACACUGAUAAGAGACUCAGUCCGAAUCGGACAGCUGAUGCACUACGACUACUCCAGCCACAAGUACGUCUUCUCCAUCGGCGAGAACUUCCACUCGCUCCUCCCUGCGGUCUCGCCAAUCCUCAACAAGCACUACAAUGUUUGUGCCGUGGUCGGCAACAGCGGCAUCCUUACUGGCUCGCACUGUGGAGCCCAGAUCGAGAAGUUUGACUUUGUCUUCCGCUGCAACUUUGCGCCGACCGAGAUCUUUAAGAAGGACGUUGGGCGGCGGACAAACAUGACGACCUUUAACCCCAGUAUCCUGGAGAAAUACUACAACAAUUUACUGACUGUGCAGGACAGGAACAACUUCUUCCUGAGCCUAAAGAAGCUUGACGGUGCCAUCCUGUGGAUCCCGGCGUUUUUCUUCCACACGUCAGCGACAGUGACAAGGACGCUGGUGGACUUCUUCGUAGAACAUCGAGGUCAGCUGAAAGUCCAGCUGGCCUGGCCGGGAAACAUCAUGCAGUAUGUCAACAGCUACUGGAAAACCAAGCAGCUGUCGCCGAAACGCCUGAGUACCGGCAUCCUGAUGUACACGCUGGCGUCCUCCAUGUGCGACCAGAUCCACCUGUACGGCUUCUGGCCCUUCGGCUGGGACCCCAACACAGGAAAGGAGCUGCCGUACCACUACUACGACAAAAAGGGCACCAAAUUCACCACCAAAUGGCAGGAGUCCCAUCAGCUGCCCGCUGAAUUCAAACUCCUCUACAAGAUGCAUACGGAGGGACUGCUGAAGCUCUCCCUCUCCCACUGUGCUUAGGGCUAAAACUGCAGCAGGUACAGGUACAGCGCUCCUACCAGCUCCUCUCCAACGCUUCUACGGGCCAAAGUUGUCAAAAUGAUGAGGCAGACAAGGGAAUGAUUCAUGUGGUUUUGCCAAAAUCAAAAUCUUAGCUCUGAGGCUGAGUUGGUGCAAUGGGUUCUUAAAACAAAAUUUAAAAAAAGCCCCGUUUGACAAACCGUUUGGACAAAGCGCAACAGCUCAAGAGAUAAGGAGUCUAUUAAUUUUCUAAAGCUCAAGAAUAUAAAGAUGAAGAGGACUACAGUUUUGGAAAAGGUUGCUGCAGAGGGACCUUUAGGCACCGUUGCUUUUCAGAAUAUCACAACCUUGAAUUGUUUCAUGGUGUUUUAUCACCUGUCACUCUUUGAACUACAGCUACAAAUCAGCAGACUGUUUAAAACCUACAUCAGCACUGCAUUAAAGAAGGCAGAUCGCUCCUUCAUUUCUAUGAGACCACUGUGUUGAUGCAGUUUGGAUCCUGACACCACAGGCAAGAAAGUUGAACCUGGCUCAAUAUUUGCUGCAAUUGAAUGCAUCGUCAUGCAGCAGCAACACACCGCGUAGGCUAAUCGGAUAUGUGAAAGCGCGCAUUGCUCAUAGAUUCAGUUGUAGAGAAAAUGAAUGUCACGGUGGUAACUAUAUGUAUACUAUAUGAUACAUAAUCAAGUACAAGGGCAAAGGAUAAAGAGUACAGAUCAUGGAUCUACAAGAUGAAGCAACAGGAACUCUGGUCUCCUGCUCAAAUGUUGGAUGCACUACACCCCAUCCAUCACCCUAACCUCCACACCCUUACUUUCCAAAUUGCUACAGUACAUAAAAGGCACGCUAUUUCCUACAUUGGUACUGAACGUUGGUACUGGACGUAAACUAUGCUUUGCAAAUUUGUUCAACAUGCCUCCAUUUCAAAAAUUCUUAGGGAUACUGAGCUGGAAUUUAAAUUUAAGAUAAUUGUAUGUCAAAGGGACUAUAGAUGACUCUAAUCGGAAACAAAGAGGACAUACGGCAAAUGUUUGUCCUAUACUGAAGCACACUGCUUUCAUCUUUGAAGUACGACAAUAACCAUAUCUUUGAAAAAAUGUGAGUAUUAGGAGUUUUGUUUCUUAAAAAACUGGUUGAGCUAGAAAAGAUUUUGAACUGAAGUCCUUAUUUUCACUUUGCUGGCCUGUUCCUCUGAUUUAAAUGUCCAACACAAGACAGUGUGAGAUAAGAGGAAUCUUAGAUAAUUAAAACAAAAAGGCAACAUUAUCAUGGCCUUAAAAUCCAAUUUGUACAUACAGUAUUAACUAGAAAUGUUUUGUAUCAUAUCUAAUAGCAGCCCUUUUAUUCACAGAAGUAGUGAAUACAAUACUGCUAUUUUCAUCAAACAACGUUGUUUUAGGAUUGGAUUAAAUUCUGGUAAGGUUAAGGUUUUGGUCAGAAGUCCACAAUUGGGGCACUUUUGUUUUUUUCUUGUGGUAUGAAUGUUUUUCACAUCCAUCAAGUAUGUGAAUUGUAGUUACUUGUAUUAAUGAAAUGCUCAGUGAUGUUUCCCCUGUGUUUUUUACGUGGGAACUAAUACAUAUUUUUGUUGCGACAUAACUUCCAUCAUAUCCUGUAAUAUCCACACAUUGUAAUCUGAAAUUUGCAUCUGGACAUUCUCCUCAAAGAAAUCUGAAUAUACAGUUUAAACUUUCAGAGAGAAGAUGUCUGGUAGUUAGAGCAAAGUUAUUCUACAGUUUAAGAGUGCAAUUCACUUAUACACUGCUGUCAUAAAUAUGGACAGCUGCACACUUGCAUAGAGAGGCGAAGUCUGUCCCCUCUGGUGCACCACCAUGGGAAAAAUAUGUCCGGUAGUGAAUAGAGACAAAUAAUUAUUUGAUCCUGUUUAAAUUUGAGCCAUUAAUUUACAAUUUAAAAGAUAAUUUGCAAGUCAAAAGAAUCUCAGUUUGUUGUAAAAGUGAAAAUACGUAAUUAGAAAGACUGCUCACCCCAAAGUCGCAUAAGUGACGCCUCGCUGAAGCUACGAUGCCUGUGUGUUUCAUAACAGAAUGUGACGUUAGUCUCACCAGCAGCGGAUCUCGCUCGUUCUUUCGCUUUCCGUCUGAUAAAAUGCCGAUAAAACACGUCAGGUAUGAUAACGUUACAUAUGUUGUGGAACAUAGCUAAGCUACCUUGCAAGCGUGUAAGCCGAACAGCAAGCAAGGUGAUGAACAUUGUGCAAGACCAGAUAUGUAGUUCACUUAGCUAAGUGGUACUAUAACAAACAUAAGACAAACUGUGAGUUUUCCACUUGCAAAAAUAUCUUUUAAAUUAACAAACACCAUACAGGACUCAAUUCAAACGGGAUCAAAAAAAUAUUUGUCUGUCCCUGUUCACUUCCAUGAAUGUUUUUACCAAAUAAGGUCCCAUGGGGUCUACAGGAAGAGAAGGGACUUUGUCUCUCUAUUUUUAAUGACUACAUUAUUCAUGACCAAAAACUAUAGCGAGUCGACCACUUUGCUAACACAGCCAAACAUCAAGCAAGUGCAACAACACAAGACAUUGCAAGCUAGCUAAUACUACUUACUAGUCCAACAGCAAGAUAGCCAGCUCGGCAGCCUUUUAUUUCGCAAAGUUCUCACCAACAACUAAAAGCCAGUCCAAGAUUUUACUCUUGUUUAGUGGUCUCUAGCUCGGUCACUAUCUCUUUUCUUGGCUUCCUCUGUCAACAUCCUCUUCAGUCACUUGGCUUCUGACAUGAUGUCAGUAGAGGCUGCUGAACCCGAUUCCGUUGCCCACUCCCCCAAUUCUGUUCUGCCCCCCCACCCCCCUCCCCAGGCCUGAAAAGCUCCUUCUCCCAGCAGUCCAAAGCUCCUGCUAGCAGUGUAAAUACCAACACUCCUCCAGUGCUCCAAGCUCCCAGUUCUGGCAGCACAGCUAAAAAGAGCUAACGUUGCAGUUAGCAGCAGUUAGCAGCAGUUAGCGGUUUGGGUUACUUUAGCUAACUAAGUAAAGCUUUCUGUCCAUCAAGAAAUUCCGUAAAUCACAGACAAAGCAGCCAGAGGACAUCAGAAGGAAUACCAGAAAACAUUUUCUCCAUAAAAUGUGAUCCAGUUUCACCAAACUCAGUGGUAGAGCCGUACAGCACUACGCAAGUCUCCCGGGCGAUCGUACCUGCUCACCAAAGUUAAAUGGCGCGAGAACAGGUGUUCAGAGAGGCACCAUUCUUCUUUCUAUUACAAGUCAGUAUAGCAUCAACAUUUUGAAGCUGUUGCUUUAAAGAGUUCUCCAACAAGGCUAUUAUAUUUAUCAUUUUUAGAUUAUUUUUAUUAAGGGGGUCAGAGGUCAGCAGGUAGCGAAAGAAAAAGUGAAUUUCUCACGUGUGAAACACCAAACAUGAUAAAUUCACUCAUAGAGACAUGGUUUUCAGGCUUAUCAAAUGCAAAUCCUCAUAAUUGACGUGUUUUUUAAUGUAGUCACAAAUUUGCUGCAAUGUGUUAAUGUGACUUUUGUCACCUUUUAUUUUUGUAAUAUAAAAAUAUCAGUCGGUAUCAGGUAACAUUUAUCCAGAAUGUAUAUUUUUGCAUUUUGAAUGGUAUUAAUGAGACAGGCUACAUCCAUAUCGACAUGUCUGUAGAGGUGAAGGGUAAUAUAUACUAUAACCACAUAUGCUGUAAGAUUAAUGUUUUAUUCAUCCAAUACUUGAAAGAAAAUAUAUCUUGUCUGUAUUUAUUUAAUUAUUAAGCCAUUGAAAUAAAUGAAAUGAUCAAUUU